UUACAAUUACCGUUUAAGCCCAAACGCAGAGUAAAACAGAAUCUUCGUCUCCAACAAAUGCUUUUAACGCUCUCAAAUUACUAUUAAACUCCUUGCCGGAGCUCCGUCACUGGCUAUUUACACACUGGAAUAAUCUCUCUUACUUCGUUCUCGGAUUCUGGGUAGCUACUUGAGGUAUAUUUCUGUCAGCCUCCAAUGGCGGCUGUUGUAUCUGCACCGGCUCUGGAGAUCUUAGUUCGAGGACCAGAAGGGUUCUCAAUCUGGAAUGGGCCGCCAUUCAGCAAUGGUCAACCCGGCACGAAGCUUGCGACAUCUCCUUGCACAAGUACAAAGUUCAGUGAAGAUGGUUCGAGACUCUUGGUGUUGAAAUCUGAUUCUGUGAUCAGCAUUUAUGAUUGCAACAGCUACAGAGAGAUCAGAAGUUUUCAAGUUCCAAACUUCAAUGCAGCCACCUUGUCUCCAUGUGGGACUUAUCUUCAAACCUUCCAGAAAUCCUCUACACCCCAGGAAAAGAAUGUGGCUUUAUGGAAGAUAGAGACUGGGGAUCCUGUUUAUCAGCAAUUCCAAAAGAACAUGACAAAAACCACUUGGCCCACAAUUAGAUUCAGCUCUGAUGAAACUGUUGCAUGUCGGAUGGCAACCAAUGAGAUUCAAUUUUUUGAUGGUGGUGAUUUCUCUAAAGGAGUUCUUUAUCGCUUAAGAGUCCAAGGAGUGGCUGCUAUUGAGCUUUCUAAGGCACCUGCGUCCCAUGUGGCUGCAUUUGUUCCAGAAUCCAAGGGUGUGCCAGCAAGUGUUCAGAUAUUUGCUUGUGGGAAAGAUUCACAGAAUCAACCUGUUGCUCGGCGGAGUUUUUUCCGAUGUUCGACCGUGCAAAUGAAUUGGAACUAUGGCUCUACUGGUCUUCUGGUUGUAGUGCAGGCAGAUGUUGAUAAGACCAACCAGAGUUAUUAUGGGGAAUCAAAGCUAAACUACUUGACAACAGAUGGGACACAUGAAGGACUUGUGCCUCUUCGUAAAGAGGGGCCUGUACAUGAUGUUCAGUGGUCGUAUUCCGGGUCAGAGUUUGCGGUUGUUUAUGGGUUUAUGCCUGCUAAAGCAACCAUCUUUGACAAGAAGUGCAAUCCUUUACUUGAGCUUGGAUCAGGGCCCUAUAAUACAAUCCGAUGGAAUCCAAAAGGAAAAUUUCUGUGUUUGGCCGGAUUUGGGAACUUACCUGGUGAUAUGGCAUUUUGGGAUUACAUAGAAAAAAAGCAGCUGGGAACAACCAAAGCUGAGUGCUCUGUUACAAGUGAAUGGUCUCCAGAUGGAUGUUAUUUCAUGACAGCGACAACAGCUCCAAGACUACAGGUUGACAAUGGGAUUAAAAUUUUCCACUACAAUGGAUCGUUAUAUUUCAAGAAGAUGUUUGAUAAGUUGUAUCAGGCUGAUUGGAAACCAGUGUCACCAGAUAGAUUUGGUGACAUUGCUGCACUCAUCAAAUCUAUUGACUUGUUAAAGGUUGAAGAAACCAAACCCCAAGGAGAAAGGUCAAAAUCUUCUCAGACAUCAGCAAAAAGUGCUCCCAGUAACCCUCCUGCUCAGAAGCCUGCUGCUUAUCGGCCCCCACACGCUAAGAAUGCUGCUGUUGUUCAAGCAGAGCUCUUGGGACAGAGCGCUACUGAAACAAUGAGCAAGAAUGCAUUGCGAAACAAGAAGAAAAGGGAGAAACAAAAGGAGAAAAAGGCUGCAGAGGGAUCACAGUCUGCCGAUGGUUCUUGAUUGAAAGCGGCAGUGUUGUUGAGUGCUCUUCUUGAUGGAAAAACAUGAAAAAAAAUGCAUGUUUCUAAGAGUAGGCCAAGCCUUAAAAAUCACAAAUGCUUUGCGAGGUUUUGGGUGCAAAAUUAUUUCUCAAGAGGGACCUGACUGUUUGGCCAUCUCUAAGAGAAUUUUGGGCAUGUGUACUCUUAAGCUAAGCCUUAAACCAUGAUUUGCGAGUUGAAAAUGAUUAUAAAUGGCUAAGAAAAUUUUGAGCGUGUGUACUUUUAAGCGAAGCCUUCAGUGAUGAUCUGCAAGUUGAAAAUGAUUACAAUGACGAGGAUAUAUGAAUGUUAUUUUAUAGAGUAA